AUGUUCAGAUAUGUGUCUAAGUUAUUCAGCUCAGCAACCAAGGACGCUGAGGGUAACGGCAAAGUGGAGAGAACAUUGCGCAUUUUUGGAACGCAAACACUCGUGCUUCAAAACGCUUUUCAGGACUGGUUAAACUACGACAUUGGCCCAAAUGGCCAGUAUUAUCAGACAUCAAUCCCAAUGGUUUGGUUUUAUCAAGAGGUUGUUAAAUUUUUCAUACCAGUAGCCUAACU